CAGACGCCUGGCCGCUUCAGUCCUGGGGUAGAUGUGAUUACCUUCAACAUGAGGAGCGACCCUGUUCUGUUUGCCUCCAGGGCUAUGGAGGAGCUGGUGGCAGAGCUGCGGGUCUUUUUGGAGCUGUUGGACAGAGAGUAUCUUAGUGCAGCAGUGAGAGAGAAGAAACAGCAGAUCUACAACAUACUACACAGAGUCCUGUCUGCUAAAGAGCCGUGUCUUAAGGCCGAGAACCACAGCACGCUACCAGCGCCCCCUCAGAUGCCCCUUCCAGAAAUCCCACAUCCAUGGCUGCAUCUAGAUAAUGGACCACCUCCGUUACCCAGUUCAUCUCUUCCUGAGGGCUACUAUGAGGAAGCUGUACCGCUGGGUCCUGGAAAAGCUCCAGAAUACAUCACCUCUCAGUAUGACUCAGAUGCAAUGAGCAGCUCGUACGAGUCAUAUGAUGAAGAAGAGGAGGAUGGGAAAGGACAGAAGAUGCGUCACCAGUGGCCAUCAGAGGAGGCCUCCAUGGAUUUAGUGAAGGAUGCACGCAUCUGUGCUUUCCUCCUGCGAAAGAAACGCUUCGGCCAGUGGACCAAACUGCUCUGUGUCAUCAAGGACAAUAAACUCCUAUGCUAUAAAUCCUCUAAAGAUCAGACUCCUCAGAUGGAGCUUCUCCUGCCGGGCUGCAGUGUCACUCAUAUCCCUAAAGACAGCAAAAAGAAGAAGCACGAGUUAAAGAUUGUCCACCAGGGGGCAGAUGCACUGGUGCUCGCAGUCCACAGCAAAGAGCAAGCUGAGGAGUGGCUCAAGGUGAUGAAGGAGGUCUGUGCUUAUGGAAAUGGAACAGUGGACUCUGAUGGAGCCGUUUCUGGAUCUCCUGUUCAUAAAAUUGAGCUAGAGAAGAAGCUGUCCUGUGAUAGACCAAGUUCAGAUGGUGAGCCCAUCCAUGAAAAUGGCAACUCAGACGGAAAAGAUCCAGCUAAAGGUAAAAAGAACUCUAAGACUGAACAGAAGGGCACAGUGAGCAAAGUGGCUGGAAAGAAAAUAACUAAGAUCAUCAGCCUCGGAAAGAAGAAACCAUCCACUGAUGAACAGACAUCGUCAGCGGAGGAGGACGUCCCAACAUGCGGGUAUCUGAAUGUGCUGUCCAAUAACCGGUGGAGAGAGAGGUGGUGCCGGCUAAAGGACAACCAGCUCUUAUUGCAUAAGGACCGAGAGGAUUUGAAGACACACAUGGCCUCCUUGCCCCUGCGAGGAUGUGAGGUUAUACCAGGCCUUGACUCAAAACAUCCAUUUGCUUUCAGGCUGUUGAGGAAUGGACAGGAAGUCGCUGUACUGGAGGCCUCCUCUUCUGAGAGUAUGGGUCGAUGGUUGGGGGUCUUGCUGGCAGAGACAGGCUCUACUACAGACCCUGCCACACUGCACUAUGACUACAUAGACGUGGAGACAACUGCAAAUGUCAUUCAGCUGGCCAAGCAGUCCUUCUGUUUUACCAGCAAGCGUGCCAUUUCUCCAAACCCGUAUCUGGAUAACCCAGUUAAUGGCUAUGCCCGGCCCUCCGGUGUGGCCUUGCACUAUGAUGAUGUGCCCUGCAUCAAUGGAUCGAAGGAACCAUAUCUGCAGUUCUGCUCCCCAAACUCUGAGGACACUCACUAUGAAAAUGCUGAGCUCUGUGAGACCAUGCCUUCCCCAAAACAGGCAACUCGCUCCUCGUCCAAACCAAGCUGGCCACCAAGAUCUACUGAUCAUUAUAAAACGCCUGUCUCUUCUUCCUCUGCUGCUAACCCUAAUUCUCAGAUUAAGGGAAAGAAAACUGCAACUAUGAAUGGUAUAAAUUCCAAACAGAAGUUGGAGAAGAACCAACCCAAGAAAACCAAUGGAACCAACGGGACCCAUUCAGUUAAACGCAACAAUUCAAGUGUGGAUCAGUAUAAAUAUGGGAAGAACAGAGUGGAGGCAGAUGCUAAAAGACUUCAAGCAAAAGAGGAAGAGCUGCUGAAAAGAAAGCAGGAGAUUCGUAACCGCCUGACUCAUCUGAAAAAAGACAGGAUAGACCUACGCACUGCCAUCGAGAACAAUGCUGGUAAGCGUACCCAGGCCUCUCUGACAGAGCGCUUGAAGAAAGUGGAAGAGGAGUGUAAGCUUAAGGAGGAGGAGCGAGUGAAUUUAGAGCUGGAGCUGACCGAGGUGAAGGAGAGUCUGAAAAAAGCCCUAAGUGGUGGUGUCACUCUUGGCUUGACCAUUGAACCUAAAACCAGCAGCUCCAGUCCCCAGUCUCCAGUAAUGAUGAGGCGCACGAUGGACAGCUCGCCCUUUUCCAGCUGUGACACCAGUGACACUGAUACCUGCUCACUGCCAGUCAACAGUGCAUCCUUGCUACGGCGACAGGUACCGCAGAAAACCUCUCCAGUACGAGGCCAUGUGCUCAGAAAGGCCAAGGAAUGGGAGAUGAAGUCCGGCACGUAAAUUUCUUUUCAGCUUUUAUUUUAGUUUUUCUGUCUAUAUUUAUUUAAAAUUGUGCCAAUAGA